AUGAAUUCGGAAGUAAAGGACUUUGUUUCCAAAUGCUCAAUCUGCCAGUCGUACCAGCCAGAUCAGUGCCGCGAGGAAUUGCAACCGUAUCCGAUCCCGUCGCGUCCCUGGUCGAUGCUAGGUGCCGAUUUUUUUUACCUUGGGCAACAACAUUUCUUUGUCCUAGUCGACUACUGGAGUGGGUUCUUUGAAGUCCAGGAGGUUAAGGUGGCCACAUCUGCUAGCGUGAUAGCUGCGUGUAAAGUACAAUUCGCCCGCCAUGGGAUACCAGACGUGCUUAUUACCGACAACGGACCUCAGUUUACGUCAUCGGUGUUCAGUGCAUUCGUGAGAGAAUGGCAGUUUGAACAUAGAACUUCGAGCCCCCGUUACCCCCAGUCAAAUGGCCGCGCCGAGAAUGCCGUGAAGACCUGCAAGAACUUGAUGACGAAAGCGAAAGCGGAUGGGCAAGACCCGCUGUUAGCCCUUCUUGAUUGGCGCAACACCCCAACAGAGGGUCUAGGAACAUCACCCGUACAGAGACUGAUGGGACGCCGCACACGCACUUUCUUACCAACCCAUGAAACGCUCCUGCGGCAGCCAUCACACCAGGAAACAGCCACCAAAUUAGCUGAGCGCAAGAAAAGACAAGCUCAACAAUACAACAAAAAGUUUCGCCCUUUAAAGGCACUAAAGUGUGGACAGGCCAUUAGGAUGCGGCUUCCCGGAAGGGAGGAAUGGAGUCUGGGGACCUGCAUGAAAGCCUUGGGGAACAGGUCUUAUGAAGUUGAAGUUUGCGGCAGGCGAUACCGACGCAACCGUCGGCAACUGCGCCUGACCCCGGAAACAGCACCACCUAUGAGUCUGGUAGAACUAACUCCGCCCGAGUCUACCCUCAAACCGGCGCCAAAUCUGACAGAGCCAGGACCUCCUCCACCGGAGUUCCACGGCGAGACCAAAACAGAGAGAAUGCCACCUGAAAAUGAGAUGGGAACUGAGCUUGAGCCACAAAGGAUUGAAACUCGUCGAUCAGAACGCAGACGUCGACCGCCUUUGUGGCAUCAGGAUUACCAUAUGAACUGA